AUGUUAUUCAGCAAUAUUAGAGGCAUAUCCAAGACCGGUUGUAAGUAUUUCUCAACAAGUUCAGUAAGUAAUACUAAUUAUGGGUUUAUUGGGUUAGGCCAAAUGGGUCAGCAUAUGGCAAGACAUAUAUAUAAUAAGUUACAACCGGAUGAUAAGCUUUAUGUUUAUGAUACGGUUGCAGAAUCAACUUCUAAUUUUGUUGACGAAGUCACCAAAAUCACUCCUGCCAAUAAGGACUUGUUGGUUCCACUUCAUUCAAUUGGGGAAUUUGUUACUAAUGUUGAUUCGCAAUUAGAAUAUAUUGUUACGAUGGUACCUGAAGGUAAGCAUGUUAAAUCAGUUAUUGAAGAGUUAGUCAGUAAUUAUAAAAAUCAUUCUGAUUUGACUAGUACCAACACUACUUUUUUGGAUAGUUCCACCAUUGAUAUUCCAACUUCUGUUGAAGUUCAUAAGUAUGUGAAGGAACAGAUUAAUCAUUUUGAUUUCAUCGAUACUCCCGUUUCUGGUGGGGUUGCUGGUGCCCGUAAAGGUACUUUGUCAUUUAUGUUAUCGAGACAAUCUCAUGAUGAUAUUGAUUCUUCCUUAUUAUCAUUAUUACAAAAAAUGGGUACUAAUAUCUUCCCUUGUGGCCUGGAUCAUGGAACUGGGUUAGCAGCUAAACUCUCAAAUAAUUAUCUUUUGGCAGUCACUAAUUUAGCGGUUGCCGAUUCAUUCCAAUUGGCUAAAUCUUUUAAUCUUAAUUUAGCUAAUUAUGCCAAAUUGGUUAGCGUAUCUACUGGUAAAUCUUGGGCCUCCGUUGAUAAUUGUCCAAUACCUUCGCUGUAUCCACAAAAUAAUUUGCCUUGUGAUAUUGGAUACAAGGGUGGAUUUGUCACUAAAUUAACUAAAAAAGAUUUGGUUUUAGCUACCGAAAGUGCUAAAUUAAAUGAUAGAUAUUUGUUUUUAGGUGAUAUUAGUAGAAAAUGGUACGAAAGUGCUUGUGAGAGAGAAGAUAUUGCCAAUCGUGAUUUAUCAGUUUUGUAUGAAUGGUUAGGUGAUUUGGAACAACAAAACAAAAGUUUAGUCGAUAAAAAAACUCAUAAAAAUGUAAAAGUCUAA